AUGAAUCCUAAUUUAGAGCAUAGUUUCCAUUCACAAGAUGGAAUACAUAAAAUUCCUUAAUCAGAAUAGUGUUAAACUCAAUAGAAUAAUUUCAGUCUUGAUACUAAUAUAAUGAGAACCUAUAGCUUAAGUAAUCCAAAAGGGUAUUUUGAAAGAUGGAAUUCUCAUACUCAAGUAGAAGUUGUUAAGUAGGAAUGCAACUUAACAAAUCCCUUGAUUUAGAAUUAAGUAAGAACUCUAAUUUGAUUUAAUAGCAAGUAGAAUCUGAGUUCUAAAUUAAUGUUGAUAAUAUCUUACAAUUUAAUCAGAAUUGUAUAAAAUCAUUUAAAUUAUGUAGUAAAUGGUUCUGAACUUAUUGAAUUUAACAGAGAUAUUAAAUCUAAUUCUGAAAUUGUAUAAAAAGAUGAUAAUCAAUUAUAUUGUCAAUAUUAAAGGAAUUAUGAAUUUCAUAAUACUGAUUUAAUUGUAUUGCCUACACCACCUUAAAAAAAUAAACUCAAAGCCGUUGGAAAUAUGUUUUUAGGAAUUUGGAGAUUAUAAUAACCUGUUGUUGAACCAAUCACAUCUACAGUAAAAUAGAACUAAAUAAAAUUAGGAAUAAUUUUAUGAUAAUUUUGGAUCUACUCAGCGUCAUUAUAAUAAUAAAAAUAAUUAUAAAUAGGUUCAUCCAGCUACUGAUUCUUAGGAUUUGAGAUUGAUGGAAAUUUUCAAUUAAUUCAAAUUAGUAUGCCUCUUUACUUAAUAUUCAAUGUCAGGUUCAAAUGACGACAUUUAAAAUAUGAUAAAGAUACUCUAAAGAGAUCCCAAACGGUAUUUGAUCCAUAUUAUUCCAGUAAUCUGACAAACCCUCAAGAUCCUAAUCAUAUUAUAAAUUCCCUCAAUUAAUAUGGAUAAAAUGCCCUUUACAUUGCUUCUAAGAAUGGGAAUGUAUAAGUUAUUAAAUUUCUGUUGUCUCUUGAAUGCAAUACUCAUAUUAGAAGUCGUAUAUUCUAGGAUCUAACUGAAAGUCCUUUAGAAGUUUCAUCUAGAUGGCAUCAUUUAGAAUGUGUGAGAUUGUUGUUGGAUGCUGAAAGAUAUACAAAUACAGAAUUGAGAUCAGCAAUCAAGGUAACUUAAAAUUAAGAAAUAAUCAAUAUGUUGAAACGAAAUAUGAGUUCCUUUCUUUUCUCUUGUUGUUUGUGA